AUGAGUGCGAAGCAUGUGUCUGUGUUGAAUUUAACCAGGAUUCCUGCCAGGUGCAGAGCUGUAUAUCAGCAGCGAACGACUUUCGUCCCGAGGAGCCUCUCUACAUCAAACGUCCUGAAGCAGGACGGCAACAGCGAGAAGAAAGAUGAUUCAUCCUCGCAAAAUGAACCCCAGGAAGAGAGCGCCAUGGUGCGGAGGCUGUCAGAAAUGACAGAGGAUGCAAUGCUGGAAGGAGGUCGAUCUGCGCGCAAGAAUAUACAGGAGGCGGGGUUUUCGGAGGAUCUAAAGGCAAAGCUCGAGGAGAGACUUGCUGGGAGUACGUUCAGGAAUGAGUAUGCUGCUGCUCACUCCAUUGUGGACAUGCCGGAAAGCGCAGGACAAGGAACUCAAGAUAUCGCCGGAUCCACGCCCUGGUCUGGAGCAGAGGAACUCCCCGACAUCACUCUCCGAAUGCUAGAUGACGCGAAGCCGAAGCCAAUCCGCACUCCCUAUAAAAUCCCCCAGCCAAAUCCCGUCGACCUCCGCAUCAGCCCCAAGCGCAAAGUCUCGCCCGGUGUCCGCAUCGCAGAAGCCAAAGAGCGUACCGCCACUUACAACCUAAGCCAGAGUCCUGGUCUUACAGACAAAGAACGCCAAAAGGUACGGGAGGAGCUGCGCGAAAGAUUCACGCCAGGUGCUCGACCAAUGCCCGUGUCUCUUCAGGGCUUCGCGUCGCUUGCCAACGAACGGAUCGAAGAUGCCAUCUCUCGUGGACAGUUCAGGAACAUAAAGCGGGGCAAGGGUGUUAAUACCGAAGUCGACCAUAAUGCAAACAAUGCCUUCAUGGAUACAACAGAGUAUCUCAUGAACAAGAUGAUCCAGAGACAGGAGAUCGUUCCGCCCUGGAUUGAGAAGCAGCAAGAGCUCGCGAAGGAGGUAGAUCGGUUCCGUCAGCGCUUGCGGGCUGACUGGAGGAGACAUGCUGCGAGAAUGAUCGCAAGUGAGGGAGGGCCUUUAGGAGAGCAAAUGAGGCGUGCUCGGGCACAUGCUGCAGCAGAAGUUCGACUGGCUGAGAGGGCGAGGAUCGAGAAAUUUUUUCAGGAAGAUAGCUCGGAACCCGAGACACAGUCAGUAACGGAACCGUCUUCUUCCACUCCAGAGACACAAGCCGAAAGGACUGAUGACGAGAAUCUACCACAUUUACCCCCCCUCCGUGACCAUCACUAUCUCUCCAUCGAACGCCCAUACCACGAGGUCACAGUGAAGAAUCUCAAUGCACUAGCUCGCUCAUACAACCUCCAAGCGCCUCCAGUCGCACAAAAACCCUACAUCAACCUCGACCGCGAAUUAUCCUCCUGCUUUGCGGAUGUAGCGCCAAGCCUGGCCGAUGAAAUCAAACGCAGGGCGAUGGAGAGGGCACAAGGUCCCUCGACGAUGGUCCAUCAAAAGACGUCCUCGGUGAUGGAUUCGCUGAGUACUAUGCAGACGUCUCAUGUCUAUGAUGAGGAUGAAUCGAAGGGCUAUGGGUUCAGAGAAUUUUGGCGGGAUUUGUUCUCGAAAAAGAAUAGGUAG